GGAAGAGGUAACAUGGCUCUCUCAUUAAUCUAAUUAAAUAUAAAAUAAUCCUUUUAUUAUUAUAUAAAAUUCCUGUAACAAAAGUUUAAACAUAUCAUUAUUAAUAUAUAUCAAGCAAUAUUUUAAUAUGAACUUCAUUUGGUUUGUGUUUUUCUUUUUAUUGUCGGGGUGCACAUGGGCAGAAUGUUGAGCUGCUACAUGCUGCUGGGGAAUUAAUCCUUUGCUCUUCAUUACCAGAGAGAGGAAAAGACACGUGCCAAUAAAGGGACGUCGGAUCCCGAGUCCAGAGGAAGCCACGCGGUGUCGUCUCUCCCUCUCCCGCACCCACACACCACACACAACAAAAAAAAAAUACACAACGCAGAGUGAGAGCAUCAGCUCUCGGACUUUAACCGGGACUAUGUUUUAACUGGACUCGCUUGGCGCGAUCGGGCCGUAAACAAAGACCCAAACGAGACCGGUUACAUUUGGUGCCGUGACUCGGAUGGUGUGUGUGUGUGCUGAAACCGCGCAGAGGAUCACCGCGAGGACGCUGCUUUUCCCCGUCGCGCUCUCCGGACUAACAGCUGUUAAUGACCGAAAAAAAGUGUCGUUCAGCUCAGUGUUGAAAUUUGUCCUUUUUUUUGGGUGACUUCAUGUUAUUUAAUGAAUCUUUUUUUUUCUUUCCCUCUCUGAUUGUUUACAUUUCCUGUAUAUUACCAGAAUGUUUAGACUGCUGACCACAUUGUGAGCUGUAGUACAAUUGUAUGGAGUAGCACGUGUUGUGCAGUUUUAUUAUUGUAGUCAUGCUAGUUAAGUGUGAGUGUUUAGUCUAACAGUGUAUUACCUUGAGUAGUUGUUUAAUCAGUUAAAGCUGGUAAUAAUCACAGAGGAUUUUUUUUUCCCCCCUUUCUCUCAACUUUCUUUUAAGUGAGUACUGACUUUCAUAUCACUGCUUGUGAUUUAUUCUUCUAGCCAUGUCAAAGGUAGGUAUGUUUAGUAUGCUGGGUUUGUCAGACACUAAUAGGGAAGUUUCACCUUGCAGUCUUGGUAGGGGACGGGGUUGGUUUUUAAACCAUGCAGGUAGAAGUGAGACUACACCUAUAGCUAGACAGCCUGAGCCAGUUCCUGUGGCUAAUUCUACCCCUGCUUCAGACUCUUCCUAUAAUCCAGUUCAAGUGAUUACUGUUGAUGCUAUGGGCAGUAUCAUAGCCGAUUUAGCCAAGCAAAUUGGGGAGAGUGUUACUGCUAACUUGUCCACCCUGAAUCACCACAGCAGUGGCCUGUCAAAGUCCCUGGGUGUUUCACAAACUCCUGGACGCCAUGAUGCUUCAGAGCUAAGGGUAGUGGUUCAGCCAAGCUCAGAUCUGCCUCCCUUCUACAGAGGUGAUGGUUCAGAUAAGUUUACCAUCCAUGAAUGGAAGGAGAUGAUGGAGCGGUAUGCUGCCAAAAUGUCGUAUGACACUCAUGGUGAAAUGUAUGAUUUUGUAAUGAGCAGAUUAACCUGUAAAGCUAGGGAUGUGGUCAAAGUGUCUUUACGGAGCAGUGCCGAUUUAGAGCCAGAAGAGCUUGCUGCAACUGUCUUUGACAUCCUUGUACGAAAUUUCAGUGAUAUUGCUUAUUCUAAUAUGCCUAUGAGAGACUUUUACAGUACAGUUCCAAAGCCAGGUGAGUCGGCCUUAGAUUAUUGGAUAAGGCUUAACAAAAUGAUUGAUGCGGUUGGGGAAUGUUUGCGCAGACGAGGGAAACAUAUUGAGGAUCCAAACGCUGAAGUUGUGCUCAUGUUUAUUUCUCACUGUCCUGAUCCCGAGCUUGAGAUGUCUUUCAAGUUCAAGCCAGCUGAAAAGUGGACUGCUGCUGAGGUGCAGGAGCGAUUGGACAGCCACGUGAGUUAUCUGAAGGGUGCUAAUGCUAAAGCGCACCGUUCUCAGAGCAUGUCUGUUUAUGGUCAGUGUGUGGUUGUACCUGUUCCGCCGAGUCAUGAAUGUGAGUUGGGGCCGACGCCUUCUAACACGGGUGGCACAUAUUUUAAUAGUCCCAACACCCAUGUGAACAGUUCGGUGCAGCCGGUGUCCUCUUCUGCCAGGCCGCUAGCUGCAAUGGCCCCAGUGGUUCCUCAUUCAGCUGUCCAGUCCCCUAAUGCUUAUUCCUCUGACUCUGGUCUGAGCCAGCUGGUUGCUGUCCUUGACAAAGCCUUGACUAUAUGUUCUGCAGAGUCUCAGUCGUUGCCUGCUAUGGGUUUUCACCGUUCUCGAUGUCAGAAGGAUGUGACAAGUACAACAUGUAGAGUCUGUAGUGCUAGAGAUCAUUCCACCUAUGCACACUGUAAGCGUGAUAAGUUGUGUCGCCAUUGCUUGAAGCCUGGUCACUUCAGGAGUCAGUGCCCGUCGUUACUUCCUUCACAGUCUCGUUCGGUGGGUCUUUCUUCGUCUACGCCGGCUUUAAACUAACUAGCUCAUGUGGAAUGAGGGAUAGCAUGAGCUAUGUUGGGACUUCCCUCGACCGCUCUGAUGAUGGUGGUUCUUGUGGUCUCACUAACAGCCAGUUCGCCACCCCAGUCGAACCCCAGGCUCUUGAAGGAGCAAAUGAGUUGUUUUACACUCCAGUUUCAGUCAGUGGUUUGUGUACUUUAAGAGGUAUGCUUGAUUCAGGGAGUAUGUCUUGCACUCUCAGUGAAACGGCUGAAGCACUUCUUAAGGCAGCUAAUGUUCCUUUGGCUGCUCAGCCUGUCCCAGAGUCAGUAGUCCUCGUCGGAUGUGGUGGACUGACCACAAAGCCAAAAUGCAUUUACGAACUGAACAUUGAUGUAUAUGGUCUAAAAUUUUCAGUACCUACACUGGUUGUGCCUGGUCAACUAGAUGAUUUCAUCGUAGGUAGUAAUGUCUUGCGGUCAGUCAUUAGUUCCAUGAAAUCUUCUGAGAAGUAUUGGGAUCUUAUUUCUUCUCGUUCAGCUAAUUCUGACUGUGAACAGUUUCUCCAGCUUAUUAGUUGUGUCUCCCGCUGGUCUAGUUCCACUGUGCCCAAUAAAAUUGGAACAGUAAAACUCAGACAGGCAAUCACACUGCUUCCACGCAGCGAGUAUGUAGUGUGGGGAAAGUUGCCCAGUGAGGCUCCAAUGUCACCAGGGAGUACUGUUGUUGUGGAACCAACAUCCUCCCGUGCUACACCUAAGAACAUUAUGGUGGGCCGGGUUGUUACACCUAUGUGGGGUGACAGAUGGGUGCCCAUGAAGAUCCUGAAUGCUUCUCAGCACCCUGUAACCAUGCGUCGCAAUGCGAAAUUGGCGGAUGUAUUCCCUUGUCUUGCCCUAGAAGAUCUGACCUUCAUGCAAGGGCUAGCUAAUUCUUCUCGAGUGACUGAUGCUUCGUCUCCACAAGCAGUUCCUGAUCCUGUACGUAGUCUUGCGGGGUGUGGAUUAGGUGACAUUAACAUCGAAGGGUGUGAGGUGUCCGGCGAGUGGAAAAAUAAGUUGGCAGAGCUUCUUCUUUCGUACCAGGAUGUCUUUUCUCGUGGGAAUCUAGAUUGUGGUGAAGUGAGAGAUUUCGUACACCGUAUUAGACUCUCUGAUGAGAAGCCAUUUAGAUUGCCUUACCGCAGGGUUCCACCAGCUCACUACCAUAAGUUAAGAGAGGUUCUGACUGAAAUGGAAAUGAAGAAUAUCAUCAGUAAGUCAGUGAGUGAGUAUGCUUCACCUUUGGUGAUGGUGUGGAAAAAAGAUGGAGGCUUGCGUAUUUGUACAGACUUUCGGAUGCUGAAUGCAAGAACAUUCAAGGAUGCGCAUCCUUUACCGAACCCGGCAGACUGUCUUGCGGCUCUUGGUGGUAAUGUUUUCUUUAGUACAAUGGAUUUGACUUCAGGGUUUUACAACAUUCCUCUGCAUGAAAAAGACAAACAUUAUACAGCCUUUACGACUCCUCUUGGGUUGUACGAAUAUAACCGGUUGCCUCAGGGCCUUUGCAACAGUCCUGCUUCAUUCAUGCGUAUGAUGCUCAGUAUUUUCGGGGAUCUUAAUUUCUCCAAUCUCCUUUGUUACUUAGAUGACCUACUUGUUUUUGCACCAUCGGAGGGUGAAGCUCUGGAGCGUCUGGAGAUGGUGUUCUCGCGUCUUAGAGCUAACAAUUUGAAGUUAUCCCAGAAGAAGUGUCAUUUCCUCCGAAGGUCUGUCCGGUUCUUAGGGCAUGUGGUGGGUGAAAGUGGAGUUUCGGUCGAUCAGGAGAAAGUUAAUGUCAUAACAAAAUUCAAGAAGGAGGACUUGAUGGAAGCAGACGGCUGCACUCCAUCUCAGAAGAAGGUUCGAUCCUUUCUCGGCAUGGUCAUGUUUUACCAGCACUUUAUUCCAGAUUGUUCAUCUCUGGCUAAACCGCUGUUUGGUUUGACUGCAGGUCAGAAACGUGUGCAAAAGGGCCGAUCAAUGCGAAAGAAACCAGGAACAUUCCGUGUGCUAACGCCAAGUGAUUGGUCUUCAGCUUGCGAUAAGUCUUUUGCUGAUCUUAAAUCUGCUCUGUUGGGCAGCACUGUCCUAGCACAUCCUGACUUCAGUCGUCCGUUUGUUCUGUCCACUGAUGCUUCGCUUGAUGGUCUCGGAGCUGUACUUUCGCAGGUCCCGGAGGGGGAGGAGAAAGCUAGGCCGGUAGCCUUUGCCAGUAAAUCCCUUACACGUAGUCAGGUUAAUUAUCCUGCAUACAAGUUGGAGUUUCUUGCCUUAAAGUGGGCAGUGUGCGACAAGUUUAGUCAUUGGCUCAAGGGUCAUGAGUUUACGGUAUGGACAGACAACAAUCCACUGUCUUAUAUUUUAACCAAGCCGAAGCUGGACGCUUGCGAGCAGCGAUGGGUGUCAAAACUAGCUGCUUAUUCUUUCGACAUCAAGUAUAUUCCUGGCAGACAGAAUGUGGUGGCUGAUGCAUUGAGCAGGGAGCCCUUUGUGAAACCACUUUACCGUCGGCUAAUGUCGGAAUCAUACUCUGUGUUGCUUGACCAGACGCAGGGUGUGAGGCAUGAGCUUCUUCAGGAUGCUUUUCGGCUUUCUUGCAUGCCUCACUCGCUUGUGCAUUCAGACGCUGCAUCUGCCCCGUUGUCAUCUGAGGUGGUCUCUUCUUUAUUGUCCGCACAUGAUGGUUGGGAAUCAGCCUCAGCCCAGCGUGCAUUGACUUUGGCUGGAAGCCUGAGUGAUGUGGUCCCUCCUGCUAACGAGGUGUUUCAAACCCUUUCCCUGUCUGACUUACAGUCCCAUCAGAGCCAAGAUCAGGUAAUCGCCAGUGUGGUACCUUACGUGGUGAGGAAGCGUAGGCCUUCGAGGCGGGAACGAGCCCAUGUGACUGUUCAGACAUUAAAACUUCUAAAGCAGUGGGAUAAGUUGACAAUAUUGAAUGGUGUCCUGUAUCGUGUCACGAAAGAUCCUAUGACCAAACAUAAGCGAUUCCAAUUUGUGGUUCCUAAGUCCUUGAGAUCACUUGCACUAACUGGUAUUCACGAUAGUGCUGGUCAUCAGGGCUUUCCCCGUACUCUGUCUCUUGCUCGGCAGCGCUUCUUCUGGUGUGACAUGGAGAAAGAUGUUCGUGCCCACGUGAAAACAUGUAGGCGAUGUGUUGUCAGUAAGACUCCUGAACCUUCAGCGAGAGCUCCCUUGGAGAAUAUUAAGACCUCAGCUCCACUUGAGCUGGUCUGUAUUGACUUUUGGUCAGCAGAACAUAAUGAUAAGUCUGUAGAUGUGUUGGUGAUUACUGACCAUUUUACUAAGCUGGCACAUGCUUUCCCUUGUCGGGACCAAACAGCAAAGACCGUGGCAAAGAAACUUUGGGAUGGGUUCUUUUGUGUUUAUGGCUUUCCUGAAAGACUGCACUCUGAUCAGGGCACGAGUUUUGGCAGUGAGUUACUUGCUGAGCUUCUAGAGUUGACCAAUAUUGAGAAGUCACGGACCACACCGUACCAUCCGAUGGGUAAUGGUGGAACUGAGAGGUUCAAUCGUACACUGGGUAACAUGCUGCGAUCGCUGCCUCCAGCAGCAAAGCACAAGUGGCCACAGUUGGUACAAAGUAUGACUUUUGUUUAUAAUUGCACUGUCCAUGAGACCACUGGCUUUGCCCCAUUUUUCCUCAUGUUUGGUCGGGUUCCCAGACUGCCAGUCGAUUUAGUUUUCAGAAAUGUCCUUCGCGAUCCCUCGGUGUGUGAUUAUGAUAAGUAUGUGAAGUCCUUAGUGGAUAACCUUCGUUCAGCAAUGCUUCUUGCUCAAAAGAAUUCCACUGCUGAGCAGCGACACCAGGCUCAACAAUACAAUAAGAGAGCCAAAGGUUAUGCCUUGUGCAUUGGUGAUGCUGUACUGGUAGCUAACAAAGGUGUAAGGGGGAAACACAAAUUAGCUGAUAAGUGGGAACCUGUAUUGUAUACAGUGGUAGAGUCAAAUCCCUCCACUCACGUCUAUCGGGUCAAGGAUGGCAAUGGCAAUGUGAGAGUUGUCCAUCGCAAUUUACUUCUCCACGCUGGGUUUCUGCCACUGGGGGAAUGCCUUUCUGAUGGGCCUGUCUCCCAGAGGACUGAAGGUAAUAAUGUGCUCUCUUCAGUUGUGAGUAAUGACAAUUUGUCAGUAGUUGAUUCUGAUGUACCCUCAUCUGUGCUUUCUCCAGCUGGCUCCUUACAGGAUCUCUCUGCUAGUGUUGAUCACGUUGGAUCUGAAGGUUGUGAUACCUCUCCAGUCAGUAGUCAGACGGCGGCUGCACAGCCAGAUACCCCUUGUACAGAGACUGCAGUUGAUACCUCUAGUCCGACAUGUCAUAAUUUGGUAGACUCUAGGGGUUCUCCUAGUGAAGGUGCUGUAGUUGUAUCUCCUUUACCCCACAUCCUUUCCCACCCUGGGUUUAGGCAGCCUCAAGUUAAUGUAGGUGAGGGCUCUCGUGUUUCACGGUUUGGGAGGAUGAUUAAACCUGUUCGACGGUUGCUUGAGUCUAUGUCACAUGUUACUUCCUCCUUUCAGAGUAGAUAGAUUGGAGACACAUUAGUGCUUGUUUUUUCUUUGUUUCUUUUUGUUAUUUGGCACAAUGAAUGGUGUUUUUCCUCUCUCUUCUUUUUUUUCUAUUAAGUCCUGUAUGUACCAUGAUGUUGCUGUCAUGGGUGUUAACAGUCAUUGGACUGAGCUGUGUAGUGUAUAUGGCACUAUGGUUUCCCGAGGAUGUUCUUUGAGGUUUUGCAAGGCGCCAUGCAUGCUUCAAGUGCUCCUUGACCCUACUUUGGGGUAGUUGAUUCACUGGGUUAUACUGUGUUUGUAUAAUGCUCUUUCCUGGUCUGUUUUUUUUUCUCUCUCCCGCCCUAUGUAAGAAUUUUGUGUAAUUCUAGGGGGGUGAAUGUAACAAAGUUGUUUUGAUAUGUAUAAUUACUCAAAAUUCCUUAUUUAUUAAAAUCCUGGUAAAAUGAAUAGGAGAGGGAGUAAGGAGAAUUCCCAGAAGGCCCUGCUUCAUGGUGCCUCCCACUGGUUAAAAGGGGGCGUGACGAGUUUCCUCUUCCUCUUUCCCUGUCUCUUCGAGGAAGAGGUAACAUGGCUCUCUCAUUAAUCUAAUUAAAUAUAAAAUAAUCCUUUUAUUAUUAUAUAAAAUUCCUGUAACAAAAGUUUAAACAUAUCAUUAUUAAUAUAUAUCAAGCAAUAUUUUAAUAUGAACUUCAUUUGGUUUGUGUUUUUCUUUUUAUUGUCGGGGUGCACAUGGGCAGAAUGUUGAGCUGCUACAUGCUGCUGGGGAAUUAAUCCUUUGCUCUUCAUUACCAGGUAUGUUUUGUUUGUUUUAUUUUUUUAUAUAUUGAUGUAUAUUUUUUUUCAUUUUGCUCUCUUUCCCUGUCUCUUCGAGGAAGAGAAUGUUGAGCUGCUACAUGCUGCUGGGGAAUUAAUCCUUUGCUCUUCAUUACCAGGAAGAGAGAGAGGAAAAGACACGUGCCAAUAAAGGGACGUCGGAUCCCGAGUCCAGAGGAA